AAGAUGAAGAAGUUACAUGCAGAAGAAACCUGCUGAAAAUUUUUCCAAGAGCAGCAAUGGUACCUCUGGGGGUUACCAUUUCUUAAAUAACAACAAGACAACAAGAAAAGAUAGACUAAACAAACGUCCAGAAUAUGACCGUUGAAUCCAGCUGCUCAGGCCCCGUCAGCACCAGAGAAGUGGUCUCCUCGUGGUGCGUGUAACUCUGCAGCCAAAGCUUUAAGCCCUCCGAUGAGGCCCAACAAGUGUCCACUGUACUUUCUGUGCGAGGUUCAGGCUUUCACUCCAUGCUAGUAGUUACUAUUCAGCUGCAUUUGAAUCUCCACCGUUUGAUCUCUGACACACUCCCUCUUGAUCAUCUGCACCAUAAACCCUUGUCUCUUUUAUUUACAACUAAACCCAUCAGUAGUUCCCACCACAAACCUCAAAAGCAGCUCCCUUUUCUCUUUUCCCUUCCAUUCACUCUUGGUCAUUUGUUUUUAAAAUUCUCCACCUUUUGGUUCUCUUGGAUUUUGUUCCAGAUUUCAGUUCUGGGUUUUUCUUUGAGGUUCUUUGCUCUUCUGGGUUUGGUUGUUUGGUGGGUUAUGGAAGUGAGGAAGGACUCCAUGGCUGUUCUGCUCCUGCUUCUCCUUUUGGCUGUGUCUUCAGUUUCUGCUGCUGACGAUGCUUUUGUGGGUGUAAACCUUGGUACAGACCUCUCUGACAUGCCAAGUCCAACUGAGGUGGUUGCUCUUCUUAAAGCUCAAAACAUUCGACAUAUCAGGCUCUACGAUGCAGACAGAGCCAUGCUCCUUGCUCUUGCAAACACAGGCAUCCAAGUAACUGUUUCUGUCCCCAAUGAUCAGCUCCUUGGGAUAGGUCAGUCCAAUGCCACCGCGGCCAACUGGAUUACUCGCAAUGUGAUAGCACAUGUUCCUGCAACAAACAUAACAGCUAUAGCUGUCGGAUCUGAAGUCCUAACUGCCCUCCCAAAUGCUGCUCCAGUGCUAGUCUCUGCCCUAAAGUUCAUUCACUCAGCACUUGUUGCGUCUAACCUUGAUCGCCAAAUUAAAGUCUCUACUCCACACUCUUCCUCCAUUAUUCUUGACUCCUUUCCUCCUUCCCAAGCCUUCUUCAAUCGCUCAUGGGACAAGGUCAUGGUUCCGGUGCUCAAUUUUUUGCAGUCUACAGAUUCAUAUUUCAUGCUCAAUGUCUACCCAUACUAUGAUUAUAUGCAAUCAAACGGUGUGAUUCCCUUGGACUAUGCACUUUUCCGCCCUCUCCCUCCAAACAAGGAAGCUGUUGAUGCUAAUACAUUGCUGCAUUAUACUAAUGUCUUUGAUGCAAUUGUUGAUGCCGCGUAUUUUGCAAUGUCCUAUCUAAACAUUACAAAUCUCCCCAUUGUAGUGACUGAGUCAGGCUGGCCCUCCAAGGGUGACUCAGCAGAGCCAGAUGCCACACUUGACAAUGCUAACACUUACAAUAGUAACCUAAUCAAGCAUGUGCUUAACAACACUGGGACUCCUAAGCAUCCUGGGAUUGCUGUUAGUACUUACAUUUAUGAGCUCUACAAUGAGGAUUUGAGACCUGGAUCAGUCUCCGAAAAGAACUGGGGACUUUUUGAUGCAAAUGGGUUGCCAGUUUAUACCUUACACUUGACAGGUGCUGGAACUGUGUUGGCAAACGACACAACGAACCAAACAUUUUGUGUCGCGAAGGAGGGUGCUGACAAAAAGAUGCUACAGGCAGCCCUAGAUUGGGCUUGUGGACCUGGAAAAGUUGAUUGCUCACCUAUGCUGCAAGGGAAACCUUGUUAUGAACCAGACAAUGUGGUGACUCAUGCAACAUAUGCUUUCAAUGCAUACUUUCAGAAGAUGGCCAAGUCUCCUGGGACUUGUGAUUUCAAAGGGGUAGCUACUAUUACUACCACAGACCCAAGUCAUGGUUCUUGUAUAGUUCCUGGAAGUGCUGGAAGAAAUGGCACAUUCGAUAAUAGUACAUCACUUGCUCCUUCUUCAAAUUCCACAACUGCUUCUUCUGGGUGCAGUUCACUAUUUUUCCACAGCAGUGGUUCCUUUGCAAGCUCUGCCAUCAUUGGUUUCUUAGUUCUAAGUGCAGUUUUCUUGUAGAACCUCUUUUCCUGAAACUGUUUGAUAGAACUGAACUCUUUUUUUUUUUUUUUUUUGAGAUUUGAAAUUUGAGACCUGUUGGAAACUUGCAGCAAAACCCAAUUUUGUAGCCUCCCAGGGAGGAAUUAGCUAGGGGGAGGCAAGCUUGAUUGAAAUGAACAGAUAGUUGCACCUUAAUUGAAAGGUGAGAGACUUGUCCAUUGGAAUUUGUAGAAACAAAUCCCCAUGAUCAGCUAGGAGAUUAUCUUUGUAACUAUGUUGUUUGAUGGAAAUCCCGUAUCCAUCAAAGGUUGAUCCAUCCAUUUAUUCAAAAGAUGUAUUGGACCUUGUCAACAAGUCUAAUGUAUCAUGUAAAUCUGCCUUUUUGUCUUUUUGUCUUUCUGUCUUGAUUUUACUUUAGUAUUGACUGUGAGGAACAGAUAAAUCAGCCUGCUGUGCCACCCAUGUAGAAGAUUGAUUUUGGCUGUUUAACAAGGGAAUACUUUGCCGGCUGCCGGCUGGAGGUACCCAUCUACCUCAGCUGUUAUUCCACCAGUACUGGAUAACAGAAGCUAGUACACAUUAAGACAUUUCAUUCUAAUCAUUUGGAAAGCCAAGACGUGGAAGUUGAAGCUGAUCUUCCAGAGCUCCCAAAUGAAAUCAAAAUCUCCCGAGGCUGCUGGCCAAGUCCCCAAUGCGCUUCAAGUGCGUUUGCAAGUCAUGGUGCUUUCUCACUCGCGGCCCUUCCUCUCUUGCAUUCCACCAAGCCUUGUGCUGCAACAGCACCAGCGGGUACACUCACCUCCUCCUCCAUUUCUGGGACAGAACCACAAGGCAGGAUCACUUGCUCUCCGUCAAAAUUAUCCAAGAUGGAAGUAGUCCAUCACCCACCACACACUGUCUAACACUGCCCUAUGAACAUCAUCUCUACCUUACCCAUUCUAGCAAUGGCUUGGUACUACUUCACCCUGGUAAUGACCUGAUUCAUCACAAAGAACCUGACCAUGAAUACGCCAUGUAUAUAUUCAAUCCCUGCACCAGAUAGUCCAUUACUCUUCCCAAUAUUAUUCCUUCACCCAUAAGCUACCCCUGGAUCGACGUUGUACACCUCUUCAGGUUCUGUCCUCUUACUAACGAGUACAGGGUUCUCCAAGUCCAAGUUCAAAUGUCUUUAGGUGAAUCUGCUCAUACAGGUAGACCUCCAUGAUCUCCCUUUUGAUCCUUUUAAGCGGGAUAUUUUUGAGAAAAGUGUGUGCGUAAAUGGAUCCCUGCAUUGGUUUCAUACCGACACACUAUUUGUAUCAUUGUGGUUUUUGACCUCAUAGAGGAGAGACUAAGAGCCAUAGAUCUUCCGGAACCUUGUAGCUGGGGAGCUGAAAUAUUUGAAUUGGAUGGAUGUCUAGCUCUAAUAGUUGCCGAAUCGUUUAACAUUUGGUCUGAAGAUGGCGAGCUGUUAGGGCAGCAUGACUUGAUAGAGCUAUGGAUUUGAGGGACUACCAAGUCAAGUGUGGGUUAAGGAGACUGUCACUAUUCCCAUUCAUUUGAGGGGAUCAAGAGACCAUGAACAUCCUCCAUCGUGUACGAUCCACCCUAUACUCUCAUGUCUCCCUUUGUGUACGAUCCAUUCAGGUGUGCUCAUGCUUCAAGUUUCAACGGCAAACCAGUUAUCUAUUUAUGUAUAUGAUAUGAAGAGAAACUUUUCGGAGAAGUGAAAUCAUGUUGCCUGGAUGGUUGUGUGGGGAUAUUCAAGUGGAGUUGCUUACUACUUAUGAUGAUGAAAACAUUGUCCCCUUAAGAUGACAAGUGCUUACAACAACAUAAAUUAAUACUCAGAAAUCAACAUAUUUAUGCAAUACUAGGCAAGUUUAUAAUGUACUUUGCAUAACAAACCUCACAGAUGAAACCCGUGGAUCCUGAACCACAGCACUUGAAAUAAUCUUCUCCUGAAACUGUUUGAUAGAACUGAACUAUUUUUCUAUGACAUUCAAAUUUUGAGACCUGCUGGAAACUUGCAGCAAAACCCAAUUUUGUACCCUCGCAGGGAGGAAUUAGCUCGAGGGUGGCAAGCUUGAUUGAACUGAAAAUGAACAUAUAGUUGCACCUUGAAAGGUGAGACUUGUCCAUUGGAAUUCGUAGAAACAAAUCCGCAUGAUCAGUUAGGAGAUUAUCUAUGUAACUGCUUUGUUUGAUGCAAAUCCGGUCUCCAUCAAAGGUUUGGAUCCAUCGAUUUAUUCAAGAGAUGUAUUAGAUUUGUCAACAAGUCCAAUGUAUCAUGUAAAUCUGCCUCUUUGUCUUUCUAUCUGGAUUUUACUUUAGUAUUGACUAUGAAAAACAGAGAAAUCAACUUGUUCAACG